UCCCCACUCGUUGCAGCUGCAUGCGAGAGAUCAAACUAUUGUUGAAGAGUCACGAGAGUUUUCUCUACUAAGAAUCUAGUUCUAUAGAUGUGUGGAUAGGCGUUACAGUUCAAGUGCAAGCAAAUAUGUAUACCUACACGAUCACGAAACAAAACAACGCAACUAACAGAGCCGCGCGGUCGUUAAUGAUUAGUGUUGCUUUCCUCCUAAGCUGCCUGAUUGUGUCGUCUGAUUGCCAAGUCGAGCCGCCACAAACUACGAACGCCACGAGCAUGCCGGUCGCCGACGAAGACCUAAGUCACUUGAAAGUCGUCUGCGCUGGUGAUAAGAUGUCGUUUGAGGAUUUUGAUCCGUAUCUCGGAAGCUACAUUGGAGAUGAGAGGGAGUUUGCUUUGGUGUUGGAUUUUGAUGGCACCCUGGCAGAGCUUACGUCUCAUCCGAAUCUCAGCGCGAUGACACCGGAGAUGCAGCAAACUUUGGAGAGCAUCGCCAACAGUGGACGCGUGUUUGUCACCAUCAUCUCCGGGCGUGACGUGGAUGGAGUGAAGGAAAAGGUCGGAAUCAGGAAUAUCGUCUACUCGGGCAACCAUGGGCUCGAGGUGCUUUACCCGGAUGGCACUAGACACAACCAGGGAAUAUCUGAGGAACUGUCAGACAACUUUGGAAAAAUGAUUGAUCACCUUAACAAAGAGUUGGCGCGUGAUGGUGCCUGGGUGGAGAACAAGAAGGUGUCACUCACGUUUCACACCCGCCAAGUGGAUCCCGAGCUGAUUCCACAAAUGGAAGCAAGAGCAGCGGAAAUUAUCGAAUCGUAUGGAUACCGAGUGAACAAGGCACAUGCUGCCGUCGAAGGCAAACCACCGAUCCAUUGGAACAAAGGCCUGGCGGCGGAGUUGAUCUUGAAAUCGAGCUUCGAUAGCAAUUGGGAACAGCGAAAGGUGAUUUUUGCCGGCGAUGACACCACCGAUGAGGACGUGAUGGUGGCCAUCAAGGGAUUCGGCCGAUCGUUCCGCGUGAGCAAAGAUGCGAAUGUGCAAACCAAUGCCGAUUUUAGGAUUCCGUCUGUUACGUCUGUGUAUUACAUGCUCAAGUGGAUCGAACAGAAAGUGCGCGACUAGUAUAAAAGUUAUUUUUUUCUUUUUCAUUUAUGAUUUGAAAUGGUCUAUUGUGUAUUCUUGUAUAAAACGAAAGCUUGUUAAAAUAUAUAAGCCCGUUACAAAUAUACAUUUCACUUUUUGUCCCACCACUCUUUGGCUGGUCGAGAGGAGGGGCGAUAAAAAUAAUAAAGCAUUUAAUCUGAAAAAUAUUAAAAACUCAUCAGAUUUGGUAAAGACUUUUUUGCAAGCCCCAUAUUAUGAUAAAUAGUUUUUAUCUGCCCCCCUCAAAAUGCAAAAUCCAGCCAACAGGGGCGACAAAAGGUCAAAAUGAAAUUUGUAUCAGCCUAAAUACAACAAAAUAAAAACGUUACUAACAUUCGUGAA